AUGACGUGGAACAUAUUAGCUACUAAAAGUAUAAAUGGAGGCAAACAGAAGAUAGAAAUAGGGUUUGGUUGUGGAAGUGUUGUUGCUUUUCAGAAUGCAGACAAUAUAAUGGGAGAAAUUCAUCAGUCAAACAAAGCGCUAGGAAAAACAGCAAGUACAAGAACAUCAACAUCCAGGGCAUGGCCAGACCAACAAGUGGCAUGUUUUCCAAGUAAAAAUCAGAUAGCAUUACCCAGGAGACAUCACACUUCUUUACCUUUCUUCUCAAAGAAAGAGAACAUGGGAUGUGUCUUUGACUUCAGCUUUCUGCUACAGACCUCAUGCCCAGAGUCUAACAUUUCAACAUCAUUUAUGGAGUUAGAUACCUUCCAGAUAAUAAAAGCCAACAAACAUCUACAAUUGAAAAGGUUAAAUGUAACAAUGCUAAAAACCAGGAACGAGAGAUCUGAGUUUCAUUUGCCACCACUGACAUGUCAGCCUGUAAGAACAAUUCAUCUCGCUCCUCUAGAGGAUGAUAUUGUCAAUGAAAGCAGCAACAUCAGAAAUAUUUUAAAUAUUAUGAACUCUAUUCCUCAGCCUGUAAAACCAGUUACUAAAUUUUAUCAGUAUCAGUUAGACAACCUAUUAAAAAGGCACACUGAAAAGUCAUCAGAAUUGAUCACGGCCACAAUUUCUGAUACAUUCAUGCCAGUGAAAGACCUGUACUACUUUAGCAUGACCAACUGUGGUAAGUACCCCAACAAGAAGAAGGAAGAAAUCCAAAGCCAUUUAAAAUGGAGGGAAGCUGAUGUAGCAAUCCACACUGAGAAUAAGGACCUGGUGAAAUUCUGGUGGUCAGUGAUUUGUGAGAACAUCGAUCUUCUGACCCAAGCCAGGUUCUGUGAUGAGAGUCAUCCCCAGUUGAGCUCAAGGAAUGCUCUGGUGAACUGUGGCAUAUUUACAGCUCAGACAACAUUUACAGCGUCAAGCAACAGUGAUGCCUCAAGAGCUGGCAAAAAACAAAACAGAGCAGAGAAUUGCUGUAGCACUGGUCUGGAAGAAGGAAAUGCUACAGAGAGGAUACUGGAUUAUAAACCACAUGAAGAUGCUGAGAGUGCCAACUUUGUGCUUUACAAUCUUGAUUUAGAUUCUUCCUGUAAAAAUGAAGGGAUAAAGGCCUACCAAGGUUUAGAAGAUAAUUCAGUAAUUCCCAGAGUAGAAGUUAAAGAUCCCUCUGGAAAACAGUCAGAAAAUCAAGUCUGUAUCUCUGAAUCUGAAAAAGAAAAAGAAGCAAUGUCAGAAGCAACUUCAGAAGACCAAAACAAGCUUGUAGCUGUUGUUCAUGUUACAGUUUCUGAACAAGAGCCAGCCAGGGAACCACACACUGCUGAACAACCUGCCACAAAAAAGGGUGGCGUCUGUACCCUGCCUCCUCAUGUUACUCAGAGCCUCAAUGUUCUUGCUCACAAAGAAAAUGACAAAAAUAAAAUAAAGAUGAAUAGGAAUAAAUAUUCAUCAAAAUCUAAAAUUAAUAACAAGGUUAAAGUAUCUGAAGACUUAAUUGCUUCUGAUGAGGCUACCACAAAAUAUAAUGCCAAGAGUCAGAUUUUUCCAUCUUUGGAACAGACAAAAGUGAAAGCUGAGACUUCCAUGAAGUGUCAUAAAAAAACCACUCAAGGAGACAAAGGCCAUGUUGCUCAGAGUGCUCAGAAAAUUAAAAAGCAAAGUUGCUCCUGCAGUUGCAAAAAUUCAGCUGUCUUAAAGAAACAUGUUACUCCACUUUGUCUGCCACGUGCACCCUCUGCUUCAGAUUUUGUAGAUCUGAAAUACACUGACAUGUUCAAAAUAAUAAAUUCAGAUGACCAAGGCCCAGGUAUUUACGAAAUGUUUGGAACUCCUGUCCAUUCCCGCAUGCGUGACCUUGCUCAACACGAGGGCAGGUUUUAUAAAGGUGUUUAUUCUGCUCCAUCAGGGAGAUGCACCUGUAGAUCUGCCUGCAGUAAAGGGGGAGAGAGCAGCAGAGUCAGAAACACACAAAAGAAAACACAUUCCAAGCCAAAGAAGACCAUACCUGGCACUAAACAAAAGCAGAAAGGCUUAAUCACAAAGGACAGAAGGACCAAGUUGAGUGACAGCAACACAGAGCGAGAUAACGUAACAACUUCUGGCUUGGAUUUUCAAACAAAUGCCUUGAGUAGCACAGCAUUGUUUCAUGGAGACACGGAUCAUCAGCUCACAUUUUUAGAAGAGCUUUCGCAGUCAACUAAGCAAAAUGAAAUUUUUUUAAGUUCAAACCUAUCAACUAUUAAAGAAGUUUCUUCAGAGCAGUCGUUAGACAGCCAGGAUAAAUCCAGCCAUCAGAGAGCUGCUGCCUGCAGCCAUGAUCUCCUUCAGUUCAGUGAUAAAGACUGCAGAGGAUGUGUUGCUCCAAGUGGCAGUCUGGUAACAGCAGAGCAGAACAUCUGUGUGCACCAGUGCAGGGGGGAUAUGGAUGGUGGCAAAUGCCUGGAAUCAGACCAGGACUCCAAGUCUGUCAAUAAAUGUGAAUUGCCCUUUUCAGAUAGACUGGAAUGCCAAUCCCCCAUAAAAAUACUAGAUCACAGUUGGGCAAACACACCUCUAAACAGUGGUUUGGUAUAUGAAUUGACUCAAUCUUCAGUGAUUUGGACAAAAAGUGCCAAAAGCCCCAGUUUCCAGACAAGUCAAAACAUUUUCUCCUGGUCAGAUACUAGGGAUGGUUCUGAUGAGUUGCUUUGUUGUCUGGCCAAAGAAUUGCUAAUGCUUGAAGAAAAAGACAUCAACUCUUCAGGACCAAAACAUACGUGUUCUAAAAUGCAAAACACACAGAGUGAAGAAGAGGGAAAUACGAGGAAUGGAGAUGGAGCAAUAAUAAAUAGUGCUCUAGAGAAGAGUUACAAUAAAGCCUUUUUGGCUUCAAAUGAAGAAAGUGGCCUUCUAAAGUUUGAUGAAUCUACUAAAUUACCAGGAAGCAGUUUAGCUAACAAAUAUCCUUUUAUGUGGACAAGAGGAGAAGUCCUUGGAAAGGGAGCCUAUGGCACGGUGUACUGUGGUCUGACAAGCCAGGGGCAGUUAAUAGCUGUAAAACAGGUGGUUUUGGAUACAUCAGAUCAACUCACUACAGAAAAGGAGUAUCAGAAGUUCCAUGAGGAAGUUGAUCUUUUGAAGACAUUGAAGCAUGUCAAUAUUGUAACUUAUUUAGGAACUUGCCUGGGAGAUAACAUUUUAAGCAUUUUCGUGGAGUUUGUUCCUAGUGGCUCCGUUUCCAGUAUUCUGAAUCGCUUCGGUCCGUUCCCAGAAGUUGUCCUGUGUAAAUACACCAAGCAAAUUCUACAAGGGGUUGCAUAUUUACAUGACAACUGUGUGGUCCACAGCGACCUCAAAGGCAAUAACGUGAUGCUCAUGCCCAACGGGGUGAUAAAGCUGAUUGACUUUGGCUGUGCCAGGCGCCUCAGUGGCACCCGCAGCGAGCUGCAUGGCACUCCCUACUGGAGGGCUCCAGAGGUAAUAAAUGAGUCUGGCUAUGGCAGGAAAUCAGACAUCUGAGUGUUUGAGAUGGCAACAGGCAAACCACCACUGGCUUCCAUGGACAGGGUGGCACCCAUGUUCUACAUCGGGGCCCACAGGGGGCUGAUGCCUGCCCUGCCCGAGCGCUUCUCCAGUGCUGCAGUGGAGUUUGUGCACGCCUGCUUAACCAGAGAUCAGCACGAACGGCCUUCUGCUCUGCAGUUGCUGGACCAUCCCUUUGUGAAAGGAAGACAGUGAAUUUUUCAAAAUUCUUGCCAUAUGAGUAUACAUUUUCCAUGGAAAAGAUUUUCACUUGUGAAAAAACAGACCAGAAGGAACUGGACUUUAAGGUGACAGCAGAAACACUGGAGAGCAGUUGUGUGCAAGGAGUCUGUUAUUAGGCAGCAAUGAUUAAAGAGUCCCUGUUCUGCAAUGCCUGUGCUCACUGGAGUGGGCACUCCUUCACUGGGAGCACAAGGCCACGUUGUGUUGUAUUUGGAGAGUCUUAAAGGGAAAAUAAAGUCACCACCACUGGCAUGCAACAGGCCAGGUGUGGAAGAACUGGCUUCUACAGAACUCCACAAGCAAGUCAUAACCUCAGCUGCUCCCAAGUGCAAAACUACCUCAGCCCUUUGGUCUACCCGAGUCUCUUAAACACGCCAGCUCCAUAAAUGCUUGAAGAAUUAACUGAUGCUCACAAGAAGCUCACAGCAUUCCCUCGUGGGAUUCUACAAAUGCAAACAAUGCAUGCUUACCAAAGCCACAAACCCACAGCCAGGGGGGAAGGAAGCAGUCUGGUGUUUGGAACUGCAGCUACAGCUUAAAGAAGCCCAGUAAGACAGAGACGUUUGAGCCUGCACUUUGAAGCUCACACUAGUUCUGUGCUUCCCAUGACAUCUACUAAAUUUCUCACUUCAAAAAACACCCCCAAAUUGCCAUUAAGAACAGCUCAGCAGAGGAAAGCAGCAGGUACAGGGAGUCAAUGCUGGGCCAUCUGAAGCCUGGAGAUCACCACCACUAAUCUGAAACAAAUGUUUCACUCCAGGACCAACAAAGCCCAACGCAUAGAUCUGAAAGCCACAGGAGCUCCCAACUCCACUACAGCAGCACAUCUGGGCCCUAAAUUCAGACUUCAUUGUAGUAAGUACUAUCUUAGAAGACAGUAAACUUCUAGGUAUUUGGUGUUCUAGGUGUAUGCUUUCUUCAGGAAAGAAGCCAUUUGACAAGAAAAAAUACUUUACCACAGUCUGAGAUCCCACAAGCUGUACCAAACUGUUAACAUAGAACUGCCUUCAUAAACACAGCAAUUUUACGUACAGCCUUUUGAACACUGUCACUGAAACAACACUGAGGUACCUGAACCAAUCAGGCUGCAUGAAAUUGCACUGACAGAUUUCCAUCUCUCUCUUGGUUCUGAAAAGCAUUUAAAAGAAGGAUUCUAUCCUGCACCUCCAAAAGGUACGUGGACACCCCAGCCAAGAGGAUGAAACUAAAGUCUCAAAACCAAGUUUGUCUUCUGAAGUUCUCCCCACUCCUAUCCCUCUCUUUCACUGAAGAUACAGUACACGAAGUCAGUGAGACUUAAUUUCAGCUGAAAGCUCUCACUACAUACUAUGUUCCCAUCCUUACAUGAAUAAACUCUUGAAUUUCAAAAUGAGAAAGGAAUAUGACUUACCAUCUAGUAGUUCUAGAGUAACUGAGGGAUCUACAUAUUCCCACCAGUGUUUUCCAUCAGUGGAUACUGGAAUCUCCCAGUUGGACCACUUGCAGGCCAAGUGAAUGCACACACAUGCUAUCACUGUAGGCUUGUACUGAAGACAGAAUGUGGUAAGGUGAAGGCUGUUGCACAAAUUUCGUAAUGAGGAACCAAAGGAAAUCAAACAUGUAAAACAGAAAACCCAAACAAAUCAACCAUUAACAUACAGAAUGAGACAGCUUCUCAAUCAACAGCAGUUAAACAUUUUGUUGAAUAAAUUCGUAAGAUAUCUUAACUGCCCUAAGAAAACAAUGGGUAGGGCAUUUAUCUGGUAGAAAAGUUUAAUUUGGUUUUACUAUCAAAAGCCUGAUUAACAGUAAAUAAAUGUAGUGGUUAUUCUACUAUACUUAAGUACUAAAAAGGGCAGUAUAGUAUGGUCAAUUAAAAUUCUGCAGUAAAAUGCACAGAGCUGAUUGUGCAGUCUCUGAAUGAGACAAUCAAGAUCCCCAGCAGUUCCACAGAAGCCAGGUGAGUUACUUGUGGGCUUUGCUUUCACCAGGCCCGGAUUUGUGACAUUUGUGACCUUGUCUUCAGCUUCCAGCACCACAAACACAUUGGUUCACUUUCACUGCUCUAGCAUAACUUCUCUUAACAGCUGUUUAAGUACAGAAUCUUUCCCAUCAAGGAACCACCAGGAUUUAUUUAUUUAUUUUGAACAGUUCUAAUAACCAGAAGAUACUGUUUAAAAACAGUAUCUACACAAAAUGUAAUCCUCUUAAAUAAAGGUGAAGUAGUUUUGCAAGAGGCAAAUUGAAGUAAUCAAAAAAUCCAGACUGAAGUCUGCUCUUUAAUUCUUUCUAUUACAGGCUGUGUCUAUAAAACACCCAUCUGAAAUCCCAGAACUAUAAAUUUAUCUAAGUACUUAAGUUUUAAAACUAUAUAUUAAGAUUAAAGAGCUGUCUCUAAAAGAAAUAACAUUGUGUGAGUACUAGUCUAUCUACAAAGAAAAAUCAGCUAUUUGAAAAUAUCUUAGGCCCACUAGAAUUUUAUAAGUUAAGACUGGAUCAAUAUACUUAAAGUUAAGAGAAAACUGCCAUUAACUACAAGUGUAAACUAAAAAUAGUUUUGUACUUACCAAGAUGCUCGGAUUUCUAGGUUAAGUUUAUCUCUUUGUAAUCUUUAGCUGCUAUUCAGGCUACCAGUUUUAGACUUAUGCACUCACAAUCGAGAAAAAGUCAUCAGAAAGCACCACUACACUUCUCAUUGUGCAUUUAAGCCCUUUGUGCCGUCAGGCCCUUGUCCAAUACACCGCACUGCAGGCGGGGAGGUACCACCACUGGAGGUGGCCCAGUCCCCCGCUGCAACAAGGGUAAGACACAUCAGGGGGCCCUGCAGUAAAGGAAGCUAUAGUGUGCUACAACAGUGCAACAAAGAGGUUCAGGAUAACAACCUGUUGGUAGCCAUGAAAUAGGAUGUCUGUGCCAAAUCCUUGCUUGCUGUAAGAAAAGAAAAACAGAGAGAUUAAAGAGCUGCACUAACUUGUGAGGUUCAUUCCAGAAUUCAAGCAGUUUUACCUUCCAAAAUCACUUCUGGGUAUUUCUAAAGAAAUGGUCUGACUUUAGCUAACUAGCCUUAAAAAUAAUCUUUUCUGAGACACAGAAGAGGCUGUUACACUCAGCACUGGAGCUGGACCUGUCACUCCCAUCAGUGCCCCUCCCUCCCCCUGUACAGCCCACAGGACAGUUCCCCUCUGCUGAUGUACCCCUCCAACACCUCACAGGUGAGCACUCUCCUCUGGGAAGCGCUGCUUCCCCACCCUCACCUGCAGGGGAUCCCUGCCUUAACCUGGGAGAGCAGCAGGCAGUCAGUCCCAGCCAAUUCACAGCACAGCGCUCAUCCUGCUCUUGGUGGGGAGCAUGGCAGGACACCCUCCCACCUCCCCGCAAACAGCCACAUCUCUUUCCCAAAGCCCUGUAACACAGCAAGCCCCCAUGCUACAUGGGAAAAAAAUUCAGAGUUUUCUGCUCCUUCUAAUUAAGAGCACUGUAGUCAUAACAUUUUGUUCCACAUUUGUUAAACCUAUGGCAAAGCUUCGAUAGGAAACAGACAAAUUCAUUUGAGUUAGUCAGAAAAAAAAUACCAAAACAAACCACAGGACUGCAACAUGCCAGAAAUGAAAAACUGAUUUAGGCUGUUACAGGCACAGAAUGCUGACCCCCUGGAGUGACACCCCAAUUCUCCUCACUCAGGUAAGAGAACUUACUGUAACAUGCAUUUAAUGGAAUAGCUGGGCACAAGGGGUUUAACCGCAGAUUGAAUGCAGCCUUCAUUGAAUUCUUACUUUGACACUAUCACUUGAAAUCAGUGCUACCUGCAGAAAGCGUAGUGUUGAAUUUUACGUCAAAGGGAAUACUUGUUAAACUUUUAUUUUAAUAAUACUAUUUCUAUAAAGUUUGAGAAAUACUACAGUGGCUUUUAAAAUUUAAUUUUUAAAAAGCAUAUUAAAAUGUGAUUUAACUCAACUUCUAAUGAUUGCCAAGGAAUAAAAUUCAGAUUUAUCUUUCUGCUACACAGCCAGGCAGUGCCAUAAUCUGAGAAGAAUGUGGAAGUAGCAAAGUACCAGGAUCUGUUCCUAAAUACGAAUUCUACUAAUCCAUAAUAAUCAGAAGGUGAACUGACAAUGCAUUAAACUAUAAUAUUUAGUUUGCACACUGUAAUAGUAAUUGCAUGCCAAAAAACCAUGUAGUUCAACCUCUCCCUCCCAUCUAAAAAAAAUGUAAGGUGGAAUUAAAAAAAAAAAAAAGUGAAAUGAGACUG